AUGGAGACUUCUGUUCCUACUGAGCCUUCCUUCCCCACUCUUACUCUUUCCGCUAAAGUCACACCUCACCCAGAUUCCCCGUCUCUCUCUAUUUCAGAAACCCCUAAAAUUAUUGCUUCGUCCUCUCCAUCUUCUGAGGUUCCCACUAGUCAAAGACCAAGUGGAGAACAAGGUCAAAACCCUAAGGUCACUGAGAGUUCUACCAUCGUUGCUACUGAUUCCGUGGUGGCAGUAGUACCAAUUGAGAAAGAGAAUGUUAAAAGCGAGGUACAAGGUGUAGGGAACGAAGGGGCCAUUGUAACUGUUGAAGGCGAUGCACUAGCAGAUACUACUGGGCCCUCACAUGAGGAACUUGAUCCCUCUCCAGAGGACCCAAGUCAAGGCUCUCACUCCCAGGACAAUUUUGUUCCUACAUUCGCUGCUAUGCCCUUGGAAAUACAAGAACCUGAAAUGAGGCUUCAAGCUAAGGUGGCCUACGAUUCUGCCCUUCAAAAGAGCAAGAAAAGCAGUAAGAAGAGAAGGAGGAAGUUGGUGAAAGACAGUGUACCCGUAAGUGAUGAGGCGGUCCCUGUAGUAGAGGUGGAAGAGGAAACUCCAGAUGAACCUGGUUCACUGGUUAGACGGUCUCCGAAAAAGAAGAAGCCUGCUUCAAUAGAGAAGCGGUCAACCUCUAAGUCCAAGUUGAAGGAGGUGGUGAGUGAGUUCUCGAUGUCUGAUGAGGAUGUGUUAGUCAAAUCCAAGAGAAAAGGAAAAUUUAGUGGUGAGAAGUUCGGCAAACGCUAG